CUGGUAAAAGUGUGUAAUGGAUUGCAAUAAGUAUUGAGGCUGUAUAGCUUGAGUUUUGGUAGUUAAAGGAACAGAAUUAUUUACUGUGAGGUGCAUGGUACCUUCCUAGAUUUACGUAUGUAACACCCUGUUCGGCCAGUAUUAUACAAUCAUAUUUCUUUCACAAAGAAGUAUGACUGAACACCCAUAAAAUUUCUUUGACAAAAAUUUUUGACGUAGCACUAUAAAAUGACAUUUCUCGGUCAUUGUAUGUUUUGUCAAAAUUCAAGAUGGCUGACAAAAACUGCUUGUUAUUAUGCACAGCAGUUGCUUGUACAACAAUUGCACUAGGUCAUAUUUGGAAGAGAAGCAGAGGACAAAAAGGAAAUGUACUUGGGUGAAGCUGUCGCUUUUACAAGAUGAUAAAGGCAUUCAGCAGAAUUUGUUAUGUGAGCUGCAAGUGGAGGCUGUCAAGUCAUACAUAAAUUUCUUAAGAGUGGGUGAGAAUACAUUUCAGUAUUUGCACAGUGAAGUGACUCCCCAUAUCACAAUGCAGAAUACUCACUUGAGAACUGCUGUAUCUGCAGGCGACAGGCUCACAGUAAUUCUCCAUUUUCUUGCUACAGGACAGAGCUUACAAUACAGCACUCAAAUACCACAAUGCACAUUAACUAAAAUAAUCCCUGAAAUGUGUGAAGCAAUUUAUAAAGCACUAAAGGACCAAUAUGUGAAGGUACCCACAAGCAGAGAAGAGUGGGAACAAAUUGCAAAUGAUUUCGAGGAAAAGUGGAACUAUUAUAACUCUAUAAGAGCAAUAGAUGGAAAACAUAUUCACAUCAAAAGUCCACAAGAUAUUGGCUCUUACUUUUUCAAUUAUAAAUCCUUUAAGAGCAUAAUUUUGUUUGCCAUGGUAGAUGCUACAUACAAAUUCUUGUAUGUUGAUGUAGGAACUAAUGGAUGUGUUUGUGAUGCUGGAGUGUUUUCAAAAAGUGAACUAUGGGAGAGUCUCAUUGACUGAUCUAUUCUGAACAUUCCUGAAGGCAGAAAGCUAGGUAACACAAAUAUUACAACUCCACUGGCACAUGAUGCUUUUCUUUCCUCUGCACUACAACAUUAUGAAGCUAUACCCCAUGAAGGAAAUCACUAUGGAAGAAAAGUUUUUCAAAUACUGGUUGUCAAAUAAGGAGACUAUUCGAAGCCACCUUUGGCAUUCUUGCCAGUCGUUUCAGGAUUUUUCUUACUACCAUUAAUCUAUGUCCAGAAAAAGUUCCUACAAUAACACUAGCUGCUUGCAAAUUGCAUAACUUGCUAGCCAAGAGGAGAAAACACAUAUACAUUCAUCAGGAAACGGUGUCUACCAUAGCAGGGAACUGCAGGUAUCUUGAGUGACAAAACACUGUGUACCUACAGCAAAUGGGACCAGUAGUUUUCCAAGCAGCCUCUGGACAUCAAGUACACGGGAGAGCAGUUCAUGCUGGGAAAGUGCCCUGCCAAGACAAUCACAUUUCGUAAAGUAAAAUGUAAAAAAAAUACACCUACCUCAAAAAUUUCUUCAAAAGUGUGUGUUCCUUGUUCACUGCCACUUUCUGUAUCCUCUACAUUACAUACAGACCACUGUGGCCUGGUCCUGGAAUUUCAGUAGAGGGAACUGGCACAGCUGUGGACUGUAAAUGGCCUGUGUACUGGAUAUACUUUUGCUUUUAAGCAUGUACAAUAAUAAUUUAAAAAAUGUAAAUUUCUUGUAUGUUAUGUAAACAUUAUUGUAUGCUUCAAGUAUCUUAAGUGAACAAAAUUAUGUAAAACAUUUGUAUGUCAUGUAAACAUUACUUGCACACACACACACACACACAAAUUAAAUAAGUGUGCUGAUAUGGACUUUUGCUUUCUCUUGAGAGUAGCUUGAGUGGAUGCCAUUAAUUUUCUUUUUUAUAUCAUCUGCUGAGCAGCCUGGCCAUAUUUCACGGCUAAUGACCACAAUUUUUUGUGAAGCUCGCUAGUCUUCCCAAUCUAUUUUUAUACUCAGGAUGCCUCACAUUGUGAAGUGCCACAUCAGCUUCAUAUUUCUAUUAAUUUUGUAGUCAGUGGCACACACCAACUAAACUUUGCAGCCAUGUUUACGAACAAACUACUGGCACCUGAUUGCUGCAGUGAUGCUUGUAUUCUGAGUGAUUACAUUUCACAUUGCAGUGAACAGAAGACAAGUGACUUUUAUGAUCAGAUCUAUGGCAAGGUCCUAGAUUUGAUCAUAUUUCUUUGAUGGAAGGUAAUAUUUGACAAAGUUCUCUGUUACACCAUCAAAUUUCUUUGACAUAAAUAUUUGACAUGCCAAUUCUGGCAGAGAAAUAUGGUAGUGUAAUCCUGGCCUAACAUAACAAUUUGCAUACAAGUGUGUAUUUUAAUUCUUUAAUCAUUAGUGCUAUUCUCAUAGACACGAACAACUUCUGAACCAUCCAGUCGGAGAUUGACUCUUCAUAGCAAAGUUGGUUCACCCCCUACACUAGAAAUUUAGGUGGAAAUUUCAUUAUGACCUCCUGUUUCUUGCAUUUGUUUAUCCAUGUUAGAUUGUGUGUUCUUUCAGAACCACUAUUUUGUAUCUCCUGAUAUAUGGUAUGUCUUGUCAGCCCCCUCAUCUAUAUCUUUCUUUCUUUUUUUUUUUUUUAAAAAAAUUGUUGUUUAAUU